AUGGACGUCGGGGUUCAAGUGGAAGUACAAGUAACGCCACAAAAAUGGCGACAUGGUGAAGUUAUUGACCGCUAUGAGAACUCGAUUAAAGCAUUAGGUACUGUACUUGUCAUUAAAUUAAAAGACGGUAGUAUUACGGAGCGUCUAGUUCCCAUUGAUGUAACAACUCAAGACACUUCAGACGUACGAUUACUAACGUCUGGACAAGACCAGCACUUGGAUGUAGAUGACUUGACGCAGCUUAUUGAAUUGGACGAGACAACAAUCUUAUCGGCUUUGGAAACACGUUUUAAUCAGCACAAGAUUUACACGAACACGGGAGCCAUUUUACUAGCUGUUAACCCAUUUCAAAAGAUUGCUCAUGUGUACAGCAAAGACACAAUGACUGAGUAUCUGCUAUCAUUUGAGGCUAGGAACUCAUGUAUGAAAAGUAAAGGCACUGAAUCAAUGCCACCGCACAUUUAUCAGGUAGCUGGAGAAGCGUACAAGGCCAUGAUGUUAGGCCUUAAUGGAGUUAUGAGCGACCAAAGUAUUCUUGUAAGUGGAGAAAGCGGAAGCGGCAAGACGGAAAGCACCAAGUUUCUUAUGGAGUAUCUUGCACAAGCAGGUGCAAACAAUCUAGCGGCAUCAAUGGCUGGAAAAAGCCCUGGCGGCAUUGCUGCCAAAGUAUUGCAGACCAAUAUUUUGCUUGAGUCAUUUGGUAAUGCACGCACUCUACGCAAUGACAAUUCGAGUCGAUUCGGCAAGUUUAUUAAGCUGCACUUUACUAGCGGAGGCAGACUCACAGGUGCGAGUAUUCAAACGUAUUUGCUUGAAAAAGUACGGCUCGUAUCGCAAUCUAAGGGUGAGAGGAAUUACCAUAUAUUUUACGAAAUGGCAAUUGGAGCAGCCUCAGCAGCAAGAAAACGAUGGUCUUUGGACCCACCACAGGGUCAAAUUAUGUUUUCGGGGGACCAAGGAGAAGUGACGGAGACUACACGCCAGUUUUUACAUUAUCGAUAUUUGAACCAAAGCGAGUGCUACCAGCGUCGGGAUGGUGUCAAGGACUCGGACAUGUUUCGACGAGUCAUGGGCGCUAUGGACAUUGUGGGCUUUACUCCAGCAGAGCGCACAGGUAUUUUUGACAUCCUAGCGGCUCUUAUGCACAUUGGAAAUUUGUCCUUUGAGCACGACGAAAACAGCGACAGAUUAGGCCAGUCGAUGGGCCCUGGGGCCGGCAAAUCUGACCUCGCACCUAGUUGUAUUUGGUCGCGUGAUGCUGCUGCUUCACUUAUGGCUGUUGACGCUACUAAGUUAGAGCGCGCACUGAGCGUGCGCCGAAUUCGAGCCGGUUCUGACUUUGUGAGCAUGAAACUCUCUUCAGCUCAGGCCAACAACGCCCGUGAUGCCCUUGCCAAGGCGUUGUACGGUCGUCUAUUUGAUUGGAUGGUGACAAAGAUCAACCACUUUCUUAAAAUGGACGACAGCCAGAAGGCGAAGGGUGGACUUCACUCUAUCGGGAUUUUAGACAUAUUUGGCUUUGAGGUGUUUCCAAAAAAUUCGUUUGAACAGCUAUGCAUUAACUUUGCCAACGAAACGCUGCAGCAGCAGUUUAAUGACUAUGUGUUCAAGGCCGAGCAGCGUGAGUACGAAUCACAGGGUGUCGACUGGAAGUAUAUCGAGUUCUGUGAUAAUCAGGAUUGUGUGAACUUGAUUUCGCAGCGGCCGACUGGUAUUCUCUCGCUUAUUGACGAAGAAUGUGUCAUGCCGAAGGGAAAUGACACAACGCUAGCAUCUAAGCUCUACCGAGCAUGCGGUAGCCACUCGCGCUUCGAGGCGUCUCGUAUUCAGCAGGCGCGUGGUUUAUUUACAAUUGUACACUAUGCAGGUCAUGUAGAAUACUCUUCAAAUGGAUUCUUGGAAAAAAACAAGGAUGUUCUUCACCAAGAGGCGGUAGAUAUGCUCGUGUAUUCUACACAAGAAGACAGCUUUGCCCGCACGCUGUGCGAGGGUAUUGGUGGUUCGCGUGAUCGUGCCAAAUCAUCCCCACGUCAACGUGCACAAACCAGUAAGAAUCGCGGCGCAAGUGUUGGUUUGCAGUUUAAGGAGCAAUUAACGACCUUGCUGGAGACGCUGCAGCAGACCAACCCGCAUUACGUUCGUUGCCUCAAACCGAAUGAAUCAUGCAAGGCAGGUGUGUACGAGUGCAAACGUGUAUUAAAUCAAUUGCGCUGCAACGGUGUGAUGGAGGCUGUUCGCGUUGCAAGAGCAGGAUAUCCAAUCCGUCUACCGCACGAUGAGUUUGUCGCGCGUUAUUUUAGCUUGAAGAGGUCCAAGAAUCCUCUGUUAGCAAAGAAGCAAGCAAUUUCGUUUGGCUUGCCUGACUCGGACAAGGGAUUGGUAGUCGUUAGUAGUGAGGCCAAGGAAUUGUUGAAAGGUUUGCUUGAUGCGAUUCCGAAGGAAAACGAUGCGAAUCCACAGGGCGCUUGUGAACAACCUGAUCAGGGUCCGUUUGCUACGAAGUGCAUUGCAGUGGGCAUUCAAAUGGGAUUCUCAAAAAUGUUUAUGAAGAAGCCGACUUACGAAUUUCUCGAAGAGAUGCGGUCGCAACGUCUUCGUCGUCAUAUGAUCAAGAUAUAUUACGCUGUGUUGUGUGUGACUGCCCGCAGGCGCUAUUUGAAAUAUCUUCGUGCUGUGAAGACGCUGCAAGUUCGAUUUCGUUACAAGAAACAUCAGAAAAUACGUCGCCGCCGCCAGAGAAUGAUGAUUCGGAGAAAAAAUGCCGGCAAAGUUCAGGGCUUCAUCCGGACGGUGGUGCAGCGGAAGAAAUUUGUGCGUUUUACCGGAGUUGUGCGGUUGUUGCAGUGCCGUUUCAGAUUUCGUCGAAGGCUGCGCGUGAAGCGCACAGAAGCAGACCGUACCGCAAAACUUGCAACUUUGCGACGCAAGCAGCAGAUGCAGGCAGUAACCCAUUACACGGAAAGCUCGACGGCCUCUUCAGACUCGUCCUCCUUUCGAUCAGUGACCUCCAACCCCAACGAUAUUGAAGGCUCUGGUAUCUCGGACAUGUCGUCUGAUUACUCGUCCGAUGAUCAAUUUACUUACAACGACAACUUUCCGAAGCACAAUCUUAAUACAGUUGACGAGCAAAGCAGCCAGAUGAUGCCUCGUACGUCUCACCACGUUUCCCCGCGUAAAUCUCAAUCUAUUGACUCAAUCACUCCCAUGGGCGGACUUGGAUCAUCCCGCAUGGCCGGCAGUAGUAUCCACGGCAGCAGUCAAGGACCCAAUAGCCAACCAAGGUCACGGUUGCCUUCACGCAAGUCGUCCUUUCGAAACACUCGAUCGUCUCGUGCAGUCGCACUUCCGAGGCUGGACGUGAUCCAGAAUACCUCGUGGGUGAACGACGAAGACCGCUUUAGCUGCCAUAUCUGUAACAAGCGCUUCAACAUGUUCAAGCGCAAACACCACUGCAGAGCCUGCGGCGAGGUCAUUUGCAACAGCUGUUCUUUGUACCACCGGAUUCAGUCCCGGUCUAUGCGAGUUUGUGUGUCGUGUGUGGCAUUCCAUUCGUUGGAUAGCCCCACAUCGGCUGGAUCGACGGGGUUCUUGCGCCCCGGCGGUGGCAGUGCUCACUCUUUUGAUUCGAGCCGGAAAACGUCGAAUGGCUCAGCUGCAGACCGAAACCGCAGCAGUACGCUUAGCAGCGGCGUGUGGUUGAAUCCGUGGCCCGAACCGCCCUACCCUUUGGACGAGGACGAGCGCCUGACAGUAUUACGUGAACUCAACAUCCGCGAGCUUGGUUUGUCCGGCAAGUUCAACAUGUACUGUGAAGUUGCUGCGAAGACGAUGAAGUGUCCGAUCGCGUACGUGAGUAUCAUUGAGGAUGAGGAGCAGCAUUUGGUAGCAAACAUUGGCAUGGCGCACACGACGCUUCCUCGUGAGCUGUCGUUUUGUGCCCACACAAUCUGCCAGCCUAGUGUGUUGGUGGUGCUGGAUACUAAAAACGACGAUCGCUUUCGCGAGAACCCAAUGGUUAAGGGCGAUAAGGGUGCCGUGAAGAUCCGUUACUACGCUGGUGCGACGAUCUUCUCGCGUGAUGGUCACGCUCUUGGCACGGUGGCGGUGCUUGACACGAAGCCAAGGCGGGAGGUGGAUCAGGAACACAUUGGCAUGCUGCAGCACUUGAGCUUUUUGGCAAGUGAGAAAAUGACGCAGAGUACUAUCCAAGAAGAUAGCGAUAGCGAGUUUCUAUGA